GUUAGCGGGCCCCGGAACCUGGAUGGGCGGUGGAGAGUGGUUGGAGCCCCAGGGCAGAGGCCUGGCCAUGCAGGUUGCGGGGCGGGGCUCGAGGAGCUGGGCCCGGUGCAUGGCGGUCAGGCGGCGGACUCGGCCCGCUAGGGCAUCCUCAGAUUUGUAACAAAGAAGAAAACUCCUUGCCUGUUCCAAAAAGCUCCUGCUUCCAACACUCUCCAAGUGUGUGCUGAUUAAGGUGAAAUUCAUGUCUGAGGAGCAGUCAUCAGGACACUAUGGAGAGUUUGGGCCUGCAGGCAGUGACCCUUACUGAUGGGACAACAGCCUACAUUCAGCAGGCCAUCAAAGGAGAGAAGUUACUUGAAGGGCAAGUGAUUGAGCUUGAGGAUGGGACGACAGCUUACAUCCAUCAAGUGACAGUCCAGAAAGAGUCUAUAGCUUUUGAAGAUGGGCAGCAAGUGGUGUUGGAAGAUGGCAGCAUGGCUUAUAUACACAACACACCUAAAGAGGGUUAUGAUGCCAGUGCCCUGGAAGAGGUCCAACUGGAGGAUGGCUCCACUGCCUACAUACAUCGUCCUGAUGUCAUGCCAGCUGGUAGCACCAUCCUGACCGUGCAGGCAGAAACAGGGCUGGAGGAAUUGGCUGGGGAGGAGGAAGACGAAGCCUUUGAUGCUGAUACCAUUAAUGCUCUCAAGCAGUAUGCCAGCAAGGUAAGGACGGAGCACUUAUUUUACAGUCUGGCAUCAUGGCUGAUUGGCGGGCAGGGAGGAGCUGAUUCCCAGACCAGAUCAGGACAGCAGAUUAAAUAGCCACAACUGCCCGUC